CGGGAGGAGUAGAGGGGCGGGGAGGGGUCUCUCCGUCUCUUCGCGCAGCCCCUCCGAAUUCACUUCUCACAGAGCGCGCGGGGCUGCUGGCGGGAAGGCACGAGAGAGAGAGAGAGACAGAGAGAGAGAGAGACAGAGAGAGAGAGAGAGACAGAGAGAGAGAGACAGAGAACCAUAGAGGUGGGAGGGAGAGAGAGAGAGAGAGAGAGAAGGGAGAUAGCGUGUGCGUGCGUGUUUGUGCGCGCGUGCGGAUUGCACCACCGCAUCCCGUUCACCGUUUCUGCAGGCGGCCGAGCUCCGAUGGAGAUAAUAAACCCGCGCUAGGGGCUUUUCUCUUCUUUUUUUUUACCCCCCUUCCUCCUCCUCCUCCUCCUCCACCUCCUCGUCCUCCAUCCUCUGAUCCAGCCGUUCCAGAUGUGACCGACAAGUCGUUGCAUGACGCCCGCAUUCAGUCCCGCGCCGCUCACCUCGGAGAGACUGUGACACCAUGGCUUUGGUUAUGGAGCCUAUCAGUAAAUGGACACCAAAACAAGUGCUGGACUGGAUGAAAGGUCUGGAUGACUGCCUCCAGCAGUAUGUGAAGAGCUUUGAGCGGGAGCAGAUAGGAGGAGAGCAGCUGCUGCACAUCACCCACCAGGAGCUGGAAGAGCUCGGCGUCACCAGAAUAGGACACCAGGAGCUUAUACUGGAAGCUGUGGACCUCCUCUGUGCCCUGAACUAUGGCUUAGAAACAGAGAACCUCAGAACAUUGUCCCACAAGCUCAACGCUUCAGCAAAGAACCUCCAGAACUUCAUCCUGGGCCGACGGAGGGGGGGUCAUUACGACGGACGAGCCUCCAGAAGGUUGCCCAACGACUUCCUUACCUCAGUGGUGGAUUUGAUUGGUGCUGCCAAGAAUCUGCUUGCCUGGCUUGACAGGUCUCCAUUCGCCAGUGUGACUGAGUAUUCAUUACUGAAGAACAACAUUGUGCAGCUGUGCUUAGAGCUGACCACCAUUGUACAACAGGACUGCACCGUGUAUGAAACGGAGAACAAGAUCCUUCACGUGUGUAAGACCCUCGCAGGGAUUUGCGACCACAUCAUCUCUUUGUCGUCGGACUCUCUGGUAUCUCAGUCGGCACAUCUGGAGGUGGUCCACCUCACCAGCAUCAUGCCCAGCGAAGGCCUGGGGAUGUACAUCAAGUCGACAUACGAUGGACUCCACGUCAUCACUGGGACUACAGAGAACUCACCGGCAGAUCAGUGCAAGAAGAUCCACGCUGGAGACGAGGUGAUCCAAGUCAACCACCAGACGGUGGUGGGAUGGCAGCUGAAGAACCUGGUGAACGCUCUGAGAGAAGACCCGUGCGGAGUCAUCCUCACGCUGAAGAAAAGGCCUCAGAACACCCUGAGCUCUACCCCGGCUCUGCUCAGGAACGUACGCUGGAAACCACUGGGCCUGCAGCCCAUCCCUACCAGUCCCACCAGCACGUCCCCCACACCCGGCGGAACCCUGGGCAUGUCCAAAAUGGACGCCCCCAGCAUGCAGGACGUCUACAUCCUCUCUCCCGUCUCUGGACUCUACAGCACCAGGGAGGAGAUGGGCCUCAUGUCGUGCGACGACAUUGGUCGCUACAGCGUAGGCUCCCAGUCUGGGUCCAAGGGCUCGGAGGCCGUCAGCUACUACCUGGACCAGGACAGCGGUCAGUACUUUUCUCUGCUGGAGGGCGACGGACCCGCUGGGACGGACUACGACCGGGGCCGCAAUACGGGCGUGCGACGGAGGGACAAAACACCUACGCAUGAUUCGGACAACUCGCUGCUGCGGUAUCUCAGCGACGACAAGAUCCUGGUGAUCGAGGAGGAGCCCGAGGGUCCGGGCAGAGAGAGCCGGCGGGAUUCCACCAGACGCUCGCGCCGCAAGAGCCGCAAUCCCAGCAGCCCCAGUUUUCCGAUCAGCCCCUCCAUGCUUUCCUCCACCUUGCGACUUGACCAACCGCCUGAUCCUCUCCCGCGGGGUGCCGACACGCUGCGAGCAGACACAACCGACAGGUACUCUGGUACAGGAAGCUCAGGAGCCGCCUCCAUGAGGAAGUCUUUCCAUUACACGUCUUUAAGAACAAAAACCAAAAAGAGAAGUAAAGGUUCCCUCACCAGCGCCAGUCGAAGGAGAAUCUCCUGUAAGGAUUUGGGCCACGGCGACUGCGAGGGCUGGCUGUGGAAGAAGAAGGACGCUAAAGGCUAUUUCACCCAAAAAUGGAGGAAGUACUGGUUCAUCCUCAAAGAGUCUUGCCUUUACUGGUACACCAACCAAAACGAUGAGAAGGCUGAGGGCUUCAUCAGCCUCCCCGAGUUCAGAAUAGACCGAGCCAUAGAGUGCAGGCGGAAAUUCGCCUUCAAAGCCUGUCACCCCAAAAUCAAGAGCUUCUUCUUCGCCACAGAUUGUCUCGAGGAGAUGAACAGGUGGAUGAACCGGCUGGGCUUAGCUGCUAUUGGCUACACACCUGACGAUAAGGUGCCACGCCCCGACGAAGACUACUGGAGCGAGAGCGAUCAAGACGAGGUUGACGGAUCGAUGACACUCAAACAGGAGGGGCCCUCGUCCCUGUGUGAUACUUACCACCGCACGCCAUCUGCCAACCUCCUUCACAGUUAUGACCAGUUGCCCCGCUCGUUGAGCUCCAUGAGCCUCUUGCGCUCCACUCCGUCCCCUCUCCCGAAAAGUGCCUCCACCUCCCCGAUUCCUCCACAGAUGGUCUCUUCCACCUCCCCUCUCCCUCUCCAGGUGAAUUCUUCCAGCCCUUUCCCGGAGUCCAAGCACGGCCGACAUUUCUCGAGCGAGUCCACGCACUCUCACUCCUCGGCCGAGGACCAGCGCGGAGACGGCAUGGGCAUGGGGACGGGCACGGGCAGCACCAGCACCCACUCGUCCAGCUGCCGCUCGUCCCACCGCGAGCGCCGCUCCUGGCAGGACCUCAUCGAGACUCCGCUGACCAGCGCGGGGCUGCACUUCCUGCAGACGGCGCCGGGGGAGAGCGACUACGGCGGCCUGAUUGGGGGAAUGGCCGGGGAGAUGGGGUACUACGGAGGGCUGGGCAGGCAGGGAAUGUCCCCGGAGAGGCGCCGGCAAGCGACGCUGCCCGUACGGAGACACCACGCGGCAGAGAGGGACAGGGAGCGGGACGGGCCCUUCCCUCUGGAGCGAGGGCCGUACACACACAGCCACACGCACCGACGGUCCCACAAGCAACGGAGCCAGAGUCUACCCAGGAACAGAGAUCCAAUCCUGGGAAAGUUUCUGCACAGCGCGGCUCAUAUGGAGGAAAGGAGUGAGGAUGAGGAGGGAGAGGGCUCAGCUGCAGACAUGCUGGAGGCAGAGGACGACCUGCGGGAUUUCAGAAUGGACAGCAGAGAAAGGAGAGUGUCGGAGGGAAGGGAACGACGGAUUUCAGACGGACGUGACCCUGAGCCUCUGGACGGGCUAGAGCAGCUCUACCGGGCCCUGGAGCAGGCCAACGUGACCGCGCUGGGAGACCCCAAACCCUGCAGCAAACAGGAACUGCGACGUUGUUUCACCCAGAGAGUCAGGGACCCGCUGCUCAACGACCGGCUGCACCGGGUCCGAGCCCUCCGCAGCACUUUGAAGGCCAAAGAGUCUGAGCUGGAAGUGAUCUGCGCCCUUCUCGAGGACCCCACGCUCUGCUCCCAGACCUUCAGAGAGUGGAAGCAGUGGCACAGCGAGCUCUACGCCGAAAUCUGCCAGCUCAGUCCUGGCACCAACGGCCAGGACGACCUCUCCCCGAUGGGCGUGCCCCUCAUGACCCACACGCACUCCUUCAUCGAGACGCACGUGUGAGGUGUGCGGCACGGGGGAGGCGACGCGCGACACCCCAACUCUGGGCCCGGAGAGCCUCCCGCUGCUCCCAUCACGACUCUGAACACGCACUCACACACAAACACGGGGACAGACUUUGUAAGAUGUGUAAAUAUCACAGAAGGGGGGGAAACAGUCUGAGAGGAGCGUGGAUGAACUUUUGAUAAUCACGAGGACCCUCCCCCCACACAGGGUGCCUAUUGCAUGCCUGAACAGAAAGCAUUAAUCUUCCUUUGUCUAUGGAACUCACCCAAAGUCCACACGCUUGUCGAGCAAAACAGGAAAACGAAAAAAAGGGAGACUUUGAGCCCAUGUUUGUUUCUUUGUGUUUUUUUUUUGUUGUUGUCAAUGUUAGAGGUCAGGGGGGAGGCUAUGUAGCAGCAAUACAGACGAGAAACCUUUUCACCACAGCACUGUACUUUUCUACUGAUGAACUUUGCACCCAGAGCCACCAGUUCUCCCCCUUUCUCUAAAAAAAAUGGUUUUCUUUACUUCUCAUUGCAUAUCUCGUUGAUUUACAGGGAAAUCACUGUUAUUUCAGGCUGAUCUCAUGGGAAAUUGUGAGAACGGGAGCUUCAGUGUCAAGACCGCGACGUCGUUUCUUUAUUUCUUUCUUUAUAUUUUUUAAAGCUGUUUCUCUGGGAACCCAUGAAAUUAAGCAUCAAGCAACAACUGUGCUGGCCACAAAGCACGCUCCUUUAAACUGUGAAGUGUUCAGACGUCCUUGCAGAAGGAGGCUCCUCUGUUCAAAUGCAAUCCCGUUUUUUUUUUGCACCCUCUGAUUUCUUUUCUUCUUCUUCUUCUUCUCCCCCCCUCUCUAGUAGUUCUCAAAAAGACUUGUGUAAAUGUGAAUACUGAUGUAAAUGUUUGAGUUCCACUACCACUGUGAUACGCUUCUAGAGGUAGCGGAGAGAGACAGCGUUUCUACUAGCGUGGGUGCAAGAUUGCUUUUUUUUUGUUUCUUUUUCUUUUUCCUUUUUUACAAUUUGUUUUUCACUCAAUGCAAGAGCAAAGGAGUUCUCUUUUCAAAGAAGUCACUCACUACAAAGAAUGCACUUUCUAUAUCUGUGUCCCAUCGGCUGCUUCACAGGGUCUCCGUCUCAUCGGCCUCCUUCCCAUUGCUGUUCAGAUAUCAGGUAAAAAGCGUUUGCCGUCUCAUUUUCUAAUGACUUGUGUACAGUCUACAGAUAUAUUUAAGCCUAGAGGAGAAUAUAUAAAUCUAUUUACGUUUUUGUGUCAUAGAUAUAAUGUAAAGUAAGAUGUAUUCUAUGCCAAGGUUUUUUGCAGUGCCCCGCCCCGCCCCGCCCUCCACCUCCUCUCCACACUGUAGAUGCAGGGCGCUCGGCAGCGGCCGUACCGGCUCCACUCACAGCUGGUCCGUUUCUCGGCGAUGCGUUGCAUGAGGGAAGGCCUGGGACUGGUUAGACUGGGACAGGGUAGAAAUACUGUGGAUUACUUUUCUUCCUUUUUUAUUUAUUAGUCUUGUAGCGCAUGGUACAUGCAAAAAUGACGUUUCUCUUUUUUUUUAAUAACGUAUAUUUUGAAAAUCUUUCUUUCAUUGCAUACGGUUUAAAGACACACACUGUACAUCUGAAGGUGAUAUUUCCUUUGCUGCUCAGCUCUUUAGACGUAAUGCAGUUGUUGGAUUUCGUAUUCAAGCAGAAGGCUUCAGUUUGUCGUGUUUUGGUUCACCUGCAGUGUCUUCUGGAAGUAUUCACACCCCGUGAACAUGCUCUGAAUUUGUCUCAUUAACGCCACAAACUUGGCUGUAUUUAACAGACACAGGGCCGGAUUUAAAAGGAUGUGGGACCCUGGGCUGGAGCCCAUUUUGGUGCCAAAUACACCACAAAUAAAAUCUCCUACUAAUGCAAAUACAUUCAUAGGUAGUCCUACAGACAGGCAGGUAUGAAUUGAUGCAUGGUAGGUUUAAUACAUCCCAUGUUAUCCCCCCCUAAAAACAAAGCUGCAUAACUUUAUAUUUUUCUUUACAUACUUAAUUAUUGUUUAGAGUCUUAAAAACUCCCAAAUAUUAAUACAAUUCACCUCAUUUUGGUCUAUGAAUUUCAUAUAAAGUACAAUGCAAAACACGCAUUUAAUUAAAAAAAAAAUGUCUGUGACGUCCCCCAAAAAUUGAUACCCUGUUCUAUUUUUAAUCCCUCUGUCGCUUAAAAGAAAUAGUUGAAAAUAGUUUUCAUUCUUUCCUUUACAAAUAAAAAAGCUUCUGUGUUCGUCCCUCAUAAGUCAAUACUUUGCCGCAGUUUCACCAGGCGGUCUGUUGGGUAGGACUCUACUAGAUCUGGAGAUAAAUAUGUUUUAUAUUCUUCUUUGAAAAUAGACAUGAAGGCGAUGUUUUGUCAGAUCAGUCGUCAAAUAACAGCUUCUAAAAUACAUUUCAGACUGGACUUGGUGCUGCCACCACCAUGUAUGUAAGGUCUUGUCAGGUGUCAUUUUUGUACCACACACAGUAAAUGACAUGAAAGACUGAUAAAAAAAAUAGUAAUUUGGUCUUAUCAGAAUACAGAACAUUCUUCCAUAAUUCAUUUUGUUCUACAAUAGACUUUUUUUUCUCCAUUCUUCCAAAAAGGCCAGAGUUGUUAAGUGAAUCUCUGGAGUUCUUCCUCAGUCAUUUUACCACGAGCCUCUCGGCUGCUUCUUCUAUCAUCUCUCUCCUUGCCGGCCGUGUCUUGGUGGCUUUGCAGUUCUGCUACACGAGUUAAAAACUAACCCUGUUUUUAACUUCUUCUGCACUUUAUUUCUGACCUCUCUGCUGUGUUUCUUGGUCUUUAAGAGGCAUUUUGUUCAUUCAUUUUUCCUAAUAAACCUCUGAAAACAGAGCAGAUUUUUAUUUGUCGCAUAUUUUCACACAUGUAUUUUCAUACGUAUGAAAAUAUAUUACAUAUAUACGUUUUAAACAUUGCUUAAACGUUUUUAAACAAAAACAAUUAAGCAACUUUUUUGCUUUAAGGGGAUCUAUUAUGCGAAAUUCCCAUUUUGCAUAAUGUGAAUUUUUGUACUUCCAUUCGGGUCUCUGCUGCUUCUAAAAAAUACAUAAAACAGCCUAAGCAUUGUAAAAAAAAAAGUGACAAGACGCCAUAGAGCAGCUCAAACUCCAGAGAACAGAGCAGACUAAAAUCUCAUUAUCUAAAUGUUUUGUGUAGCCCACAGACCUAUCAUCACCCACAAUAAGUUACCUGUAAGUUCAGGCUACACUUGAGUUUGACUAUUCCAUAAAAAUCCUGGUAAAAUGCUUUAAACUCAUUUUUAUUGCCUGUAAUGCCAAAUAUAUGCGCAAACACAGCAUAGGAAGGUUCAUGGGGUGUUAUUAUUUUUACGAGACACUUCAAAAAAAUGUUUUUAGGUUUCUGUCUCUAGAGACAUUAGUGCAGUUACCUAUGACUCCCUGUGAGGAAGUGGCUGAUGCUGGCUGGUGUCAGACUGAAUGGUCUGUACCAAUUACUUCAUCUGCAACAUCAGGCCAAGAACUCAAUGGUGCCCCCUAGAGACCAAGACUCUGAACAAUGUGUAGCACCCACUGCAUCCAGCACUAGUCCUGAUCUUUGUUUUUUUUUUUUUUUUUUUUUACUGUCGGUCUUAAGUGGAUUUUUUUUUCGUCAUGUAAAACUGAAGUAAAAUAUCCAAACGCAUCCGCAGCUCAUGUUUUCCAACGGUUAAUUUCAAGAGUGCCACAAAGAAACUUAACGAUGCAAGCACUUUCCCUGUGCCUCCCAAAAUCCUCUCUUUGACAGCAAAGGUCUCUCACCACACCAGUGUUGCCCACGCACACACACACACAGACACACACACACACACAAGCGCGUGCGUCUGCGGCCGUCAAACGAGCUGCGACGCAGUUCCACGCUCUUCGAUUUGUCGUACAAAGUCUUCUCUCUCCAGCUCAAACUGUAGACACACUGUAGAUGAAGGAGUUCUGAGAGCGGUUUUUUUGCACACACUGACUGUGUUACCCCUCCCGGAUUCUUUUCAUUUAUUUAUUUUUGCUUUGUGUGCGUUUGUGUGUGUGUGUAGACCUGCAGAAACAGGCUGAAAAGGGAGAUUCCACUGUGUGUUCUUUCAGGGGUUUACACCUCAUGGUACAUUGCACAGGUGUGUAAGAUGUAAGUUGCACUGCGACAUUAAAAAAAAAAA